CUCUGUCAUUUAGACUUCACCGAACAUUAUUGUAUGUAAUUAUGUACAACCUAAUUUUCUCAAGCUCAAUGAACCGUAACCACUGAUACCACAUUGAUGCUGUCAUUAGUGCAAUAAUGAGACUAAAAUUGUAAAUUACCUUAACGAAUUUAAUAAUUUACAAACCAGGUCAUUGUCAAGGAAUUGCCAUUUCGGUCAGCGAUGCAAAUUAAUUGUCGUAUCAGCGGGUUUUGGUUUCUAAUAUCGCUAACCAGUCCGCGCUUUUUUUAUUUUCAUGCAAAUUCUUUAAUUAACCAGUAAACGUUCUAAAAUUUUCAAAUACAUUAUGUAAGUCUCGUUAAGUCAGAAAUUCUCGAAAUAGAGAAACAAGCGUCAGUAAGAUUUCGGUUAACAUUCGACGCGGAUCCUUUUCUUUGCCAACCUGUGAAUUCUGUUGCUGAAAAUUAAUAUAAAAAUUAAUUAACACCGUUAAGAGUUGUGAACUUAGUCAACCUUCAGUUACAUGCCAACUAUAUUGCUUAAUAUUAGUAUAACGUGCGAGAUCAUAUACAGGGCCCGACAGGGCCAUUCUGUUCUCUAUUAAUAGAGGAGCUGUGGUACUGACCAACUAUUAAUCUUCGUCGAUAGUCAAGCAAAACAGUCGUAAGAUAACCAGAACGGCGUUUCGAUUAGUCCAAGUUCUGCUACAUCGAACACAAAAAGAAUUAUUCAAAUACUAUAACUUAGUCGCAUUCAAAACUCUUGACGCGACACCGUCAUGCACAAGGUGACAUCGGAAAUACACACGGAACUCGAGAAUUUCUCUGAGAAGACCGACGAAGGCAACGUGGUAUCAAAAUAUUUUUUCGAAUAUCCAGCGACUACAGAUAUGGAUAAACUCCGCUACGAUGAAGAUGGCGAUCUGAUAGUCGAAAGAAGAAAACAGGGCACACUACUGAUUGAACACGGUGGUUCUACAGAAUUGCAAUUGGUAGGUUUGCAAUUAUGGCGAGGUGCUUUGUUGCUGGCUGAUUAUAUUCUGUCGAAUCCAAAGUUAUUCAAAGAACGGACAGUUCUGGAAUUAGGAUCCGGUGUUGGUCUCACUAGUAUCGUCGCCGGCUUUUUCGCCAAUGAAGUAAUUUGCACGGAUGUUGAUCUUGGCGGUAUACUGAAGCUGAUAGAGAGGAAUUUUGCCAGAAAUAAGUCAUUGAUCAAGUCGAAAUUUCAUAUAACUGAACUGAAUUUUCUAAAGUUGAAUUGGUCCCAGGAACUUGAGGAAAAAUUAUAUUCUUCAAGUAUCAUCUUAGCAGCUGAUGUCAUCUAUGACGAUGAUAUUACGGAUGGUUUUGUGAGGACUUUAGAAAAACUUCUGAACUCAAAGGUCCCUGAAGUCGCCUAUGUCGCACUUGAAAAACGAUACGUCUUUACCAUUGCGGAGUUAGAUUCUGUCGCGCCAAUGUAUGAAGAGUUUCUGCGGUGCGUUCGUCGACAUAAUCUCCAUUGGUCCAUUGAGCAAAUAAAGAUAGAUUUUCCUAAAUACUUCAAGUACGAUCGGACAAAUCAAUUGAUACUAAUGAAGAUACAAAGGAGAAACGCAUAAAAGAGUAAUAAUAAGUCAAAAAAUAAAAACUUUUAGUUGUCAUAAUUAAA